AGCAGCCAUCCUUUUUUUCACUCUGCAUAACUUCAGACUGCAUUUUUAAAUGGGAACAGUAUCCUUACUUUCAGCUGCAAUUGAUUAAGGGUCUGCAUGGAGCCUUACGCAAAGUCUAAUCACUUCUGUAUGCUCCGUGCCUGCAGUAGACUGUCUGGCCACUGUUCUGUCCAAGCAAAAAUAAAAGAGAUGACAGCAGUUCAAAGAAGCCCAGAGUGGAGAAAUACUGAGAGAGAAUCAAAGACUAGUUUGGGUUGGAAGGGGCCUUUAAAGGUCAUCUAGUUAAACCCCCAAUCUAGAACCCAGAGGAGGCUGUGCUGCCCCUCUGGUGGUAACACCCUGUGAACACCUUCCUGUGUGCUGGGAGAGAAUCAAAUCAUUCCAGCCCAGAAACUGCUUUAGUAGUGUCAGAGGAGUUCUGCCAGGUCCCCAAAAGUCUCUUCUGAAAUGGAAAAAGUGUUUCUCCCUGCCCCCCAUUUCCUGUACAUAAGAGUCAGGCUUUAGUCAUCAUGACUUUUCUAUUUCUUUUCUGAUUUACAAGCCCACAUGAGGUCUUGGGUUCAUUAUGUGUGGACCAAAGUAUAACUGGGAAUGAAUGAUGAUCCAUCUUUUUUUUUCUUUUUCUUUUUUUUUUUAAAUUUCCUUUUUUUCUUGUACUAAACAGUUUGGGACUUCGGAGGGGUUUGAUUCUUUAGGUUUUUUAGCAGAAAUACCUUUUUCCUUUUGAGAACAGUCUGAAAUAUGUUCCUUUAAGAACCUCCUACAUGGUAUGUAUUUGCAGUUUGUAAACACAGUAUGUCAAGGAAUGAUUUGAUUCAUCGGUGAGGCAGCCAGCUAUUUGCAUGUCAUGAGGUCUAAGGGAAACAAACUGACCCUCAGCCUUCCUCCAUCCAGCCAAAUUCUGAUGGGACCCUCAAAUAGCUCUGGCAAAGUGUUCUGUUUCUUUUGGACUUCAUGAAUGCUUGUUUCUGUGAAGGCGUGUAAUUAUUUCUUCCUUUAUUUUGCUGUACAAGUUACCAAGAGAAGCAGCUUAAACCCAAAUUAGAGGACGAACAAGAAGGUGAAGAGCUCCAAUUCCUGCCCUUUCUUCAGUCAGCGCCACUCCUAAAGGGGUUCACUACCUUCAGAAGUCCUGUUGUCAACUCUCUUCUAGAGCUAUAUCUCACGGGGAGAAGCCCAGCAGAAUGACAGACUGUCAUUACUGCCUGCAGUCUCUUCGUGGAAGGAAGUACGCCUUAAGGGAUGAAAAUGCUUAUUGUGUUACCUGUUACGACAGCCUGUUUGCCAACCCCUGUGAAGAGUGCAAGCAACCUAUUGAGUGCGACUCCAAGGAUCUGUCCUACAAAGGUCGCCACUGGCAUGAAGGGUGCUUCAAGUGUGCCAAGUGCAGCCGCUCGCUGGUGGAGAAACCCUUUGCUGCCAAGGACGAGCUCUUGCUGUGCACUGAGUGUUACUCCGACGAGUACUCAUCUAAGUGCUUCCACUGCCAGAAGACCAUUAUGCCUGGUUCCCGUAAAAUGGAGUUUAAGGGGAGCUCCUGGCACGAGUCCUGUUUCGUGUGCCAGCACUGCCGGCAGCCACUGGGCACUAAACCACUCAUCACCAAAGGCAACGAGAAUUACUGCGUGCCCUGCUUUGAGAAGCAAUUUGCUCACCAUUGCUACUCUUGCAAAAAGGUGAUAACUUCUGGGGGAGUGACCUACGACGACCAGCCUUGGCAUAAAGAGUGCUUUGUGUGUGCUGGGUGUAAAACCCAGCUGUCUGGACAAAGGUUUAUUUCUAAAGAUGACUAUCCCUACUGUGUAGACUGUUUCAGCAGAUUGUAUGCUAAGAAGUGUGCUUCCUGCAAGAAACCUAUUACAGCUCUCGGAGGUCCCAAAUUUGUCUCGUUUGAAGAGCGCCAGUGGCACGGGGAGUGCUUUAACUGUGCCAGAUGCUCCGUCUCACUGGUGGGCCAAGGGUUCCUCACCCGGCAGGAUGAUGUCCUUUGUCACAAAUGUGGCUCUGCUGCUUAGUUCUGUGGAGACCUGCAUGACCCUCACUUUGUAACCAUGUACUUCAUUACUCUGCAGUAAGAAAAUCAUCUAAAAAGUAGAACAGUUAUUUAGCCAUUCAAGUAACUUUCCAACAGCAGUUCAAUUCUAUCAUAGUUCUCAAUUCCUUGUGGAAAAAAUUUAAACAGCCCCUUACUGGCUAAGAAAAUAAGGCAGAAAAGAUUCGUGUAUUUUUGAAACCUAACUACAGUAUGUUUCUCCUUGUAACACACUGCACUCUGCUGUUAGAAGCUUAAAAAUUUAGAUCUCAUCUCCCACGAGCCAAGGAGGACUGUGAAAAGUCUCUAGGGCAUAUGAGUAAUGAGGAGGCAUUAGCACUGCUUCACAGAUGCAGACCACAGGGUGGAAAGCUGGGCACGUGCGUUUUUCUAUUCGUUUUCAUAACUUUGAAGAGAACAACUUGUAAAUAGCAACUUCCUCCAUACUUCAGGAAAAAAAAGCUGCUGACAAAGCAGGCAGAAAGUGGGAGGAGGAGGUACUUCUAUACAGAGACCCAUUCCAGGGUCAGAUAAAGGGGGAGGAGGUAAUUUUCCUCUCCUUCCUCAAAUUGCUCCUCAGAAACAUAGUCUUUAAUCACCAAGAAACUGAGUGACGGGUCCUCUCCCAAAAUUGGCUAACUAUACUUACUUUUUCAGGCAUAACUGCUUUAGAACAUAAAUAAACCCAUAUUUUGAGCUACUGUAAGAGGUAUGGAUUGCCCAAGCUUGGCUAGUGCUUUCCAAUAGCUAGUAUACCUUAAGACCCUAUCUCCAUUGUCUUCACUAGACCUUCAAAUACAUGCAUAAAAUAUAUAUUUCUUUUAGUAGUAGAGACAAGAGCCAACUCACACUUGUCCCUUUAACCUUGUACUUUCCUCCCCUCGGAGCCCAUUUGCCAGUAAUCAAAACACCGUUAACGGCCUUACCGUUUCCACCCUGCUGGGUCUGUGAUCCACAGGCUGCCCCUUUUCCUUGUAAAGGCCUGUGUAUCUAUAGCAGGCUAUAAGCUCUUCAGCACCAACCCGUGAUUCGUUUUGCCACGUGCCACACGCAUUUGCCAAUAUUCUGUCAAGAAUCGUAAUGUCGUCACGGCGAGCUCCGCAAUCCUCGCUUGUAGAACAAGGUAUUUGUUUCUAGCAGCUGGCUUUGAGAAGGUUGUAUCUGCUUGCGGAGCUUCAGCGCUCAAGCUUCUAUUAUUAAAGGUCACCUAGAGCUGACUUACAAGUGUUUCUCUUCGUAUUUCCUCCACGCUGCAAGUUACAGAGGCUGGAUUGGCGUUAUGGUGCCUUUAGUCCCACCUCACACCUCUUUAAGUUGUACGUUCUCCUUUAGAGUGACCUUAAGCACAUAGAGUUGUUGGGCUGACUUGAGCGGGCUCUAUUCAUACUGAAGCCAACCAUCACAUGAGGUAGAAAAAAAGAAGAGCAAAAAAAAAAAA